AUGUCUAAUGCAAUUCGGAUUGCUGCGUGUCACGUCUCUCCCGUCUUCCUCUCCGCACGCCGAACAACAGAGAAGGCAGUCUCUCUCAUCCAACAAGCCGCCAAGCACAAAGCAAACCUCAUCGUCUUCCCCGAAACCUACAUCCCUGCGUUUCCCAUUUGGUCCGCUUUACGACCGCCGACGGAAAACCAUGAUCUCUUUAAACGAAUGGCUCUGGAGUCUGUCUACGUCGACGGCGAAGAGGUCAAUGCCAUUCGUUCCACGGCAAAGGAGUUGAACGUGAUGGUCAGCGUGGGUAUUUCUGAAAAGGUGCGGUACAGUAGUGCGACCUUGUUUAAUUCAAACAUCAUAAUUGGCAGCGAUGGCGAGAUUCUCAUCCACCACCGAAAACUCAUGCCAACCUUCUUCGAGAAGCUAACGUGGUCGCCUGGCGAUGGCUAUGGGCUCCGUGUCGCAGAGACGCGCUUCGGCAAAAUUGGCAACCUCAUCUGCGGCGAGAACACAAACCCACUUGCCAGAUACGCGCUCAUAUCCCAAGGAGAGCAGAUUCACAUCUCUACAUGGCCGGCGAUCUGGCCGACCAGGAUAUCGGGGUUCGAAGCCGCGCAGGCUGACAAGCCGAAAUUAAUUGCGUCCGGGGUUAAUACAGGUGGCGGAUCAAGCGUCGCCAAUGGCGCCAACUACGACAACGUCGCUGCCAACAGAACCCGGGCUGCAGCACAUUGUUUCGAGGCCAAAUGCUUUGGAGUUCUCUGCUCAGGGGUCCUCGGCGAGGAUGCCAUUGAGACAAUGGUGGCUGGAUCCAGCCAAGCAGAGGUUGUUAAGCGGUCCCUGGAGAACUCGCAGCGUGGAGCGACCAUGUUCCUCGAUCCUACUGGGACACUACUGCCGGGGUUCACCAUCGACAAGGCCACUGAGCAGAAACCGACGGGAUACUUACAGAGUGUAGAAGGAAUACUGUAUGCGGACCUAGACAAUGGGGACUGCAUUGAGGGAAAGCAAUAUCACGAUAUUGUGGGCGGCUAUCAGCGCCUAGAUGUUUUUGACCUCAAAAUUGACCGUAGACGUCGGUUGCCCGCAACCUUCACCAAAGAUAUCUCCUCAUCUUAG